AUGCCUCCCAAGCGAUACGUGCCUCCGCGGCCUCGUGCCCACAGAACCGGCUCGCAGACCAAUUCGGCAGAAGCAUCUUUGCAGGCACAGGUCCCUGCUAUGAAGCAUCAGCAGGCCUUCCCGUUCGGCCGUCUAUCAGGAUCAGAACCAUCUGCCCCAGGAAUCGUCCAGGAGGGCACCUCCAAGCCUCACCCCUCGUUCCCUCCCACUAGACAGAAGCCUGGAGCUCCCCCAAGCAAGCGUCUCAAAGUAGAAGACACGCCCACAGCGGAAGACCCGUCAUCUUCUACUGGAACGACAGCCCGCGACCUGGCGAAACCAACCGCCAACACGUUGACCUCGGACCAGCACGAUAUUCUUCUACGCCAUCGCCUGUCGGCCCCUACCAUACAUACUCUUGUCUCUAUCCCAUGUGCUGCUUCACCCAACAUCAUCCUUCAGAAAGCAUGUCUAGCCACCGAGAUCAACUCGCACCCUCUACUCCCGGGCGAAAAAGCUCUCUUCUCUACCCUCAACGCCGCGGCAACCACAAUCUGGCCGAUCGCUCUGUCCACGCCGACCCUGGCUUGGCACAAAGCCUUCCUCAUUGCCCAGAACCAUCCCACCGGACGAUCCUGGCUGUACAUCCCACGGAUCACACCCCGCGAUCGAACCGCUCUCGGCGAAGAGUCGAAGCACAUCACCUCCCUCGUCCGCCGCAUCCUCCGCUGCGCCGCCGACCUCGCCGCACUCCGCCACGACGGCGUCACCGUCCGCCGCGCUCUCGAGCUCUCGCGCUCCAUCGCCGCCGCCGCGUGGGAGGGCGACACGCACGAGCUGCAGCAGGUCGCCGCUAUUGGCCCCAAGAAGAUCGAGAUGCUCGAGGCCGCCGGCAUCUCGACCGUCCGCGCCCUCGCCGAUACCGAGUUCUACAACAUUGAUCGCAUCCUGAAGCGGAACCCGCCCUUUGGCAUGAACACGGUCCUCCAGCUCAAGGCCUUCCCCCGUCUCCUGCUGAAGGCCCGCUUCGAACGCUGGGCUGCCAAGUCCGACAUGCCCGCCAUUGACGCCCUGCCCGAGAAGGUCGUCCGCGUGCUCGCGCCGGGCCUGCGCCUGGCCAUCGUGCGCGCGAGGCUCCGCUGCCUCAACGACGACAUGCCCCUCUGGCGAGAAAAAGUGCACUAG